GCGGGGUUUUGAUCCGCAGGACGGUUGUAAACAAAGUCAGCAACUUGUCUUACUGCGUUUAUGGACAGUGCCGCUUUUAUAAAGCUGUACGGGUUUAAUCGAUAGGAGAAGUGAGUGAUUUAUACUAAUCUGACGAUGAGAUGUUGUGGAGAACAGCGCGUGUACCUUUGAUUAAUCUGCACUGAUCAGUGACGUAAUCAAGGCACUUUCUUUGUUUUGUGAUGGAGCCACCUGACACUGUGGGGAACCUCGACCACAUGGUGGAGGCUGUGGCACUGAGCGGUGCUCCUGACAGCUCCACUGGACAGAACGAUAUCUCGCCUGUAGACAUGCUGAGAAUAAAACAGCAGAUGUCAAAUCAGUGCUUUGAGAUGAAAGUACAGAUCCAUGCAGGCAAAAGUAAAAGAACAUGCAGCACAUCAGAAGCUGAAAGAGACUUGCCAGAAUAUGUCAGUGAACUGGAAAGAGUCAAGACUUCUCAUAUUAACAGGACAUUGGCCCUGCACAGAAUGCAGAUGUGGCACGCUAUAGGAGACAAACUGAAACAGAAUGAUUCUGAGGCUAAUUCCCUGAAAGCUUUGGGUGAUCGCUGCAUGGCUCUUUGUUCACACAUUAAACAGCUUCAGAAAGAGUCAAGAGCUUUUCAAGAUGACAUCACAGAAAUACAGAAGAAGAGGCUUGAGAUGAAGCGGCAAACAUAUGAGAAAAUGAAAGAGAUGGAAGAGUUGAUGUCCAAGAAGCAGCACCCAGACACAGAGAAGUACAAAGCUGCGCUGGAGAAAGGCCAGGAGAACCUGGAGAAACAUAAAAAGAUGACCAUCAUGACACAGAACGUCCUCAGGGGAAUCCUCUUGGCUUGUAAAGUAAACUGGCUGGAUGAUCCCAAACUUCGAGACAUCACCAUGACGCUUGAGGAUUUUCCCAUUUCGGACUAAAGGGAGAAUCCAUUCAUCUCAUAUCUAUGUGUUGUUUUGUCAAAUAAAUAAUUAACAAAA